UGUGUCUCUAGAUUCUCAACUAUUUGUAAUGAAUAGUAAACGAAAAUACAUAUAUAUGAUUCCAAUUAUCUAAUAUGUACAUAUAUUAUUUAAUUCAAAUUAUGUCUUACGCAUUGAUAAUUUUAAAUUAUAAAAUCUAAGUGGUAAAUUCAUUGUAAAUAGAAUUUUGAAAAUAUUUGAUUCGUUUCUGCUAAACCGUCUCAGUUGAGAAUUAAUCUGCAUGGAGGGAGAAUUUUAGAAAAAUCAAAAUAUUUGUUUCUUUAGGCAAUAUCAACAGAAUGACUAAAGGUCGUACAGAACUUGGUGACAUCACAGUACAUAAUAUAAAGCAGCUGAAGCGUCUCAACCAAGUAGUGUUCCCAGUAACUUAUAAUGAUAAAUUCUACAAAGAUGUCCUUGAAGUGGGUGAUCUUGCAAAGCUAGCAUAUUUUAAUGACUUAGUAGUGGGAGCUGUAUGUUGUCGUGAGGAUAAAUCAGAAAACCAACGAAGGCUAUAUAUUAUGACGUUAGGCUGUUUAUCACCUUACAGAAGGCUUGGUAUAGGUUCAGUGAUGGUUGAACAUGUUUUAAAGAUCUGUGAAAAUGAUGGCAACUUUGAUAAUGUUUAUCUCCAUGUACAAGUGAACAAUGAUGGUGCCAAAGCAUUCUACGAAAAGUUUGGCUUUGAGGUGGUUGAAAGAAAGACAAACUAUUACAAACGAAUAGAGCCAGCAGAUGCCUUCGUACUGCAGAAAAGUUUUAAGAAAAAGAACAAUAACUCUGAGAAAGAAACACUUGUCAAUGGAAAGUGAUAUAUUCUCAUCCUGCUUGAUUUACAUUUUUAAAGAAAUAUAUUUGCAAUUGGAUAUUUGCUAUUAUUUAAAAAAUAAGUGACUGAGAAAUAGCAUGAUCUUGU